AUGAAGCGUGAAAGGGAAGAAGUAACAACUGCUGUUGAUUAUGUCAAGGAACAAGAUGAAUUGGAAAGAGAAGCCAGAGAAAUAAUGCCCUUUGAUCCUGAUGAAUGUACCUAUCAGCAAGGAGAAAUUAGACAGAUGGUUUUUGCAUGCUUAACUUGUUCGAGACAAAAUUCAACACCUAUUGGAAUAUGUUAUAGUUGCUCUAUUCAAUGUCAUGCAUCCCAUGAAUUGGUUGAAUUAUUCUCCAAGAGGAAUUUUGUUUGUGACUGUGGUACAACCAAGAUGUCUGAAACUGUUAAUGGAGGUUGCAGAUUAAGAUUACAACCGGAAUCUAAGAAUGGUUCUAGAUCAGCUUCAAUCUCAGAAUCUAUCACCAUUAAAACUGGUAUCUCCCGUCGUAUAUCGUUUUCUACAUCCCAAUCCCUUGAAUUACCUGCUGAAGAUAUUCCAGGUUCAAAUUCCUAUAAUCAAAACUUUUCAGGGAAAUUCUGUCAUUGUGAACAAAUAUAUAAUCCUUUAAAAGAGGAAGGAACAAUGUUUCAAUGUUACUUUGGAUUCGAAUGUGGGGAAGACUGGUAUCAUGAUGAUUGUAUAUUGGGUUAUGAACAUAAUUGUCUUAGUACUAAAGAAUUGAAAGUCGAAUCGUCAAAUGGAGAAUCUUUACUAGGAGUCAAUAUCUUGGAUAAAUUACCUGAAGCUGAAGACGAAGCUGCUACCAAUAAAUCAUUUGCUUCUUUCAAUGAUUCUGAUGGUGAGGAAGAGUUGGUAGUACCACACUUCCCUUCUAUGGAGGACUUUGACGUGUUUAUUUGUUGGAAAUGUGCUGACAAGUUUGCUCAUAUAUUUGAAAAAUUCAAUGAUAAUAUUGUUUUGACUGCUUUACCACAUUUUGAAGGUAUCACUUCUUUGGCUCAGUGGGAAGAAUUAUAUGAGAAGUAUAAAUCAUCACCAGCAAUUUCUAAAUCUGAUGAACCUCAAAUAAAGAAGACCAAACUUGAUGACCCAAUAUCGAAAUCGUAUUUCUUUAAAUAUGGUUUCAAACCCCAUUUGAAGGCAUUGACUGAUUCCCAAGACGAAAAAUUGAAACAGUUCCUCCUCAAUAACUCCUACUUGUAUUCCCUGGAUCCAAUCUACGAACCUCCUGAAAAGGAUGGCCAUGCUUCCUCAACGGGUUCUUUGUUAGAUUUAGGAGCGGAAGCACUUCAAGCUUUGCCACGAGAUCAAGCCGUAGAAGGGUUACAAGCUUAUGACAAAAUUCGAAAUAAAUUACGAGACUUCUUCAAACCUUUUGCCGAAGAGGGUAAAGUUGUUACUGAAGACGAAGUUCGUCAAUUCUUUAGUGAUAUCAAAGAUAAAGAAAAAUAA